CUUCCACACACCCCAUCGACGAGCGCGCGCGCAGGUAAGCCUUUGCAUUCUAUUUGCAUUUGCAGUCUGGGGUUUCCGUCUUUCGCUCGAUACCCACCGGCGCCAUGGGCUCCGACGACCUGAUCGACUUCGAGAUUAUCGAAAACCAGAAGGAGAACAUCCAGUCUCUCCCCAGCGGUCGCUCUGCGAAGGCGCUCGCCCAGCUCUACACGCCGCCGCUCUCUACGGGCGCCGCAAAGGCGCCCUUCCCCUCGCCCUCGCAGAGACAGGAUGCACACAAUGCGACGCGGCAGCAAUUCGAAAAGGAGCUGCUGGCCAUCGACGAGUCCGACGACCCCCUCGAUGUUUACGACCGCUACGUGAAGUGGACGCUGGACGCAUACCCGUCGGCACAGAACACGCCACAGUCGCAGCUUUGCUCGCUGCUCGAACGCGCCACCAAGGCCUUCCAGGCUUCAUCGCACUACAAGAACGAUCCGCGCUACCUCAAGCUCUGGAUGCACUACAUUCGGCUUUUCUCGGACACGCCACGAGAGACAUUCGCAUAUCUUGCUCGACACAGCAUCGGCGACGGACUGGCGCUUUUCUACGAGGAGUUCGCCGCCUGGCUCGAGACGGCAGGACGGUGGACCCAGGCAGAGGAGGUGUACAACCUCGGCAUAGAAAGGGAGGCACGCCCAGCGGAGCGAUUAAUUCGAAAAUAUGGCGAGUUCCAGCAUCGGUUCGAAAGUCGGCCGCAGGAGGUUCCCGAACCAACCAGCCCUGCGUUGCCGACACUUCGUCCUGCCCUUGCCGCGAAGAUCGACCCUUUCUCGCAUGCCUCAGCGAGCCCCGCCGACCCGCAGGCUCAAAAUCGCUCUCGCGUGGGAGGAGGCCCACCAAAGUUGAGUAAGCCGAAGCUUGCCAUUUUCUCAGACGGAGACGAGCCUCCCAAGCCCGGAUCCAGCGGCAGCUCCAAGGGCUGGGACAGCAUCGGAUCUCUCGCAGACCGCAAGAAGGAAAAUACCACCGAGGCGCGGCCUUGGGUGGGUGAGACUUUGAAGGUUGGAAAGAAGAACACUGGCGUGCAGAAGAUGAUGAUUUUCAAGGACGAGACCGUAACAGACCAUAAUGAUGAACUUUCCAAACCUCAUCCAUUGCGCGAGCAUCAACAAGCUGUCAACCCGAGGACAGGAAGAGCGGAGCUCGUUUUUGUUGACCUGCAGAAAGUAUAUCCUAACCACGAUGCCGAAUACUCAUUUGAGGAGCUACGAGCCAAGUAUCGCGGAUGGAUGGAUAUGGACUGGGCGGCUAUCAGACGGGAGGAGAAGGAAAAAGCUGACAAGGCAGCUGAAGCUGCGCGGAUCAAAGAAUCCAAGCCUAAGACAAUGCCUUUAGCACCCAAAGAGCCCCAAGAGAAGCCCGCCAAACCCAAGACAGUUCCGCUGAAAGGCAGCAUCGAGGAAGAUCUAGUAUUGAACGACGAGAACACGCCCCCUUCCCAAGCUGAUGCAGAUAAGGCAAAGGUUGCGAAGAAAGCAAGACGAGAGGAACGCGCCAACCGCACUAGGAAGAUCAAGGUGAUGGCGGUCAGGGAGAUACGCGGUGAGACACAGACUAUUCAAACAAACCUAGACUCUCCAACCGGCCGCAAGAUACGACGGAAGAAGAAUGGCGUGGAAACAACAAUGACUCUCCAUACCAAGGAAGCCAUGGACGAGAUUUAUGGCAUCUUCAAUCAACCCUUGAAGUCCGCUACAGAUACUGCUACCGAAGUCGAUAGCGGAGAGGAAAGUAGCGAUGACGACGACGAUUACACCAGCGCUGGAGAGAGCACCGGUACCGGGCAAAUAUCAUGCGCUACUAGCGAAUUCGGGGACGAAACAACGGCAGCCGACUUCACCAUAGGGACUACCGUCGGCGACCAGGAGGAUGACGAGACUGGAACAGACACUACCGAUGUCAAAAGCGUUUCUGGUUGGUCUGACUUUACCGAGAGCAAGCACGUACCAAAGGAGCAUAGACGCAAUGAAUCAGAUGAUGAUUCUGAGCCAUUGGAGGACGAGUCCUUUGAAGACACAUCGCAUCCGGUAGAUGAUGCUGGUGUCGAGCACCAAGACCUGGCUACGCCCACUUCCUCCGAGGCAUCCUCCUCGCUUCCCACGCGCUUCGCUCCUGUGCCUCCUGAAGGCUAUGAUGUGCCAACACGACCGUACCGGGAUCCCGUUGUUGCAGCCAAUAAUCGUCUGCCAUUCAUGACUCCAAUCGUUGAGAAGACGGAAUCCUCCCUCGGUAUUGCGACUACUCACGCUCAGAAGGAUUACUUCUCAGCCAAGACCCCCUCGCGCUCAAAGGGUACCGGAGCCAUACUUGAAGAUGAUGGUGAGCCGUGGAGUAGCCCCUUCCACGAUGCCCUUGAACAAGGCGUUGAUGGCCCAGGGCGAGUAGCGAAGCUAGCUCUCAGAGAAGCCAAACCAAAGGACGCCGCUGUUGAAGCGAAAGCCAAGGUCCCAGCGAAGAAGGAUAUCAGCGCGAAGGACGUAAAACCAAAAGGACCGAUCAUUAAAGAUGCCCAGUGCAACCCAGUGGAUGAAGCUAUACGAGAUGCUAUCCUCUGGGAGAUUCAGCCGCCCCUAUCCUCGUACGACGGUUUCUGCGCAGACACAGACAUGGCAUACGGAAAGAGUGCGGAAAUCAGAAAAUAUGCAAAGGCCGUGUCGAAGAUGAGCAGCAGAAUCUCCAGCGACAAGACUACGACCAAUAUCUCAAUACCUCCCACUCUCAAGUUUAAAAAAACAGAUAGGACCUAUUCACUCAGGCGAGAGCUCGGGAAAGGGGCAUUCGCACCAGUAUAUCUCGUGGAAAGCGAAGCUGCCGAAGCAGACUGCGGAGAGAGCAAGCCCGUGCAGAUGGGCAAGGGAGAAUUUGGGCUGGAGCGCCACUCGCUGGAGGCAAUCAAGAUGGAGGAGCCGCCAUCGCCCUGGGAGUUCUACAUCAUGCGACAAGCGAAGAGACGCCUUGGGGUAUCUCGAGCAGCCGAUUCUGUGAUCUACGCAUAUGAGAUGCAUGUGUUCAAAGACGAGUGCUACCUGGUGGAAGAGUACCGGGACCAGGGGACACUACUCGACCUGGUGAACAUCGCUCGCGCCGAAAAUGGUGUUAUGGACGAACAGCUGGCUAUGUUCUUCACCGUUGAGCUGUUCCGUACCGUGGAGGCACUUCAUUCCAAAGGCUUGAUCCACGGCGACCUCAAGUCCGAUAACAUCCUUGUUCGCUUCGACGCUCUUUCGAAGGAAGACUACUGGGACUCCCAGUAUAAACGGGAUGGCCGGGAUGGCUGGGCAUCCAAAGGGGUUGCACUCAUUGACUUCGGCCGAGGAAUCGACAUGAAAGUCUUCAAACCCGACGUCCAAUUCAUCGCCGACUGGCCUACAACCGAAGCAGAUUGCGCCGAGAUGCGUGAGCUCCGUCCAUGGACUUACCAGAUCGACUAUCAUGGCCUCGCCGGCAUCGUGCACAACCUCCUCUUCGGGAAGUACAUCUCUACGGUCGCUGAACGAGGUGCUACGCUCGGUGCUGGAGCGACGAAGACAUAUCGCGUCAAGGAGAAUUUGAAGAGAUACUGGCAAACGGACAUCUGGAACGAGGUCCUAGAUCUCCUUCUAAAUCCGCUAAUGCAUCUGGAGGCAGAAGAGGGGAGAAAGAUGCCGGUUUUGAAAGGCAUGAAGGCCGUGCGGGAGAAGAUGGAGACGUACUUGGAGGCUAAUUGUGAGAAGGGCGUUGGACUGAAAGCACUGGUUCGCCGGAUGGAGGAGGCGGUAAAGAAACGAUGAUGCGCUCAUGAUUGUUUUUCUAAGCAUUGGAUUGGCGCGAUGUUGGCUGCAUUGCAAGGCG